UACACCCCCCCCAUACACACACAUGCUCAUCACACAUACACACACACACACCUGCCUAUGCUAUUUCAGAAACCCAUGACAUGGCACUCCCCAAGACCUUGCUCAUCCCCCUGCUGCUCCUGGUUGCCACAGAAGCCUGGGGUCAGGAGGCUGGGGUCCCAGGCUGUUACCUGCACCCCAUCAACGUGACUGUGCGCAGUGACCGCCAGGGCACCUGCCGGGGCUCCCACGUAGUUCAUGCCUGCGUGGGCUACUGCGAGUCCAGUGCCUUUCCCUCGCGGCACUCGGUGCUGGCUGCCAGCGGCUACCAGCACAACAUCACCUCGGUCUCUCAGUGCUGUACCAUCAACCGCUUGCAGAAGGUGAAGGUGGAGCUGCUGUGCCCUGGGAGCCGACGGGAACAGCUGGAGAUCUUCACGGCUCGGGCCUGUCAGUGCGACAUGUGCCGCCUGUCCCGCUACUGA